GGGUUCGGCCAUUAGGAGGAGUCGGAGAGGGGGCGGUAACGCUGAGACCGGUACAAAGUUCCAAAGCGCAAAAUAGAAUCAGCCAGACCGGGAUUGUUAGAUAAGGAGGAGGACUGUGUUGCUGCCUUUAGGAUUUACCGUUGGGAUUGUAACUGAGAAGGGAAGAGCUGCAUUUUGCUUCCCAGGGGAGCUGCUAAUGGCCCCGAGAGGGGAGAGCACUGGAUAUGCCCCCAUGGCCAAACUCACCCUCUGCUUCUUCUGCAUCUUCUUGUUGGCGGCCCCCAUCACCAAUGGACUUCCAUUAUCCUCUGAUUUGUAUUACCAGGAAGGGAAUAUCCGGUGUCUGAGAUGCCCUGCAGGGACGUUUGUGGAAAAACCCUGCACAAAGCCGGACACAAUUGGAGAAUGUUCUUCCUGCCACACAGGUUCCACGUAUAGUGAAGGUCCAACUGGGCUGGACCACUGUCUCACCUGUUUGAGGUGUCGGGAUGAUCAGGAGGAGGUGCGACCCUGCACAGCCACUCAAAAUGCAGAAUGUCGUUGCAAGAAAGGUACUUACUGCCCCAUUGAUCACCCCUGCGAAGUGUGCCUCACGUGUACCGAAAAGUGCCCCCCAGGCCAGGAACUGCAGUUCCCGUGUAACUCGACAUCAGAUAGCCAGUGUGGACCUGCUGAAAGUGGAUCAUGGAUAGUCUGGCUCUGGCUGGUACUUCCAUUGCUUCUACUGGUUCUCAUUGUCGUCGUCCUGUGUAAAUGUCGAAAGCAGUGCAAAGAUGAUCUCUGUUGCGUUCUGAUAACUGAAAACCCAGGCAGAGAAGAGAAUCCCCUGAUACCGGUGCAGCUGGCAUUCGCAAGAGAAAUGGAUCGUGAGGAGCAAGAAACAAUAUUCCGCCAAACCUGGGACCUCUUUGUUGAACAUGUGCCGAUGGAAAAAUGGGCUCAAUUCAUGCGAAGCCUGCGUCUCUCUGACAACACAGUUUGGGAAGCCAAGGAGAAUAACAGAGACAAUGCCAGAGAGCAGAAUAUUGCCAUGUUACGGGCCUGGUACCAGCAGAAUCCCGGGGAUGUUAAUGACCUGCUCGCCUCUCUGCAUGACAUUAAUCUACACACCCCUGCCAGAACCAUCGCCAGCAUACUUGUGCAGAAAGGAGACUAUGUUGAGAUAAACUAGAGACUUUAUAUUUAUGUACGUAAUUAAAUAUUUAUUUUUUUGUAAUAAAAUUAAAAACUCUUACCAAAAAAAACAGAACAAAAAGUAAAUACCCCCAAAAAAGUCUUCUAUUUCUAUUUAUUUCCAAAUGUCAGUGAACAUGUGACUGUUUGGAAAAAGGUUUUAUCCAAAAACUAGUGGGUAAAACUGGUUAUGUGUUGUCGGAUCUUUGCUCUGAAAUCAUGGCCAAAUCAGGCUGACCCAAUUGUAUGGCCUUUGGCUCUGCAGGACAGGGACAAGCCUUUGCAACCAGCAAUGACAGAAGAUUAGGGGACCUGGGGGGAUUUGUGCCAGAGUCAGUUAUUUUGAUGCAUUUUGUUUGUGCCGAAGUCAGUUGAGUGAGCUCUAGUACAUCAUCUAGGAAAGGGAGACCCUUCUAAAGAUCAUUUGGUUCUUUUCUGCCAUCAGAUUUUCUGUUGGUACUUCCUGUAUUGCCUAAAUGAGCCAAUGGCCUUGUGCUUAUCUAUGAUAUUGAAAUGAAUUCUUCAGAGCCAAGCACUCUGCCUGCAUUCUGUGCCAGCACCUCAGCGCUAAGGAAUGUUUGGCACCUGUUUCCCUGGUCGCACCCUACUGUCUCAUGACAGAUCUCAGGAAGCGGAAUGUUCCAU